GGGCCCGGAAGUAGUAUUUCCUUUGCUGCCGGUCGAGUGUAAGAUGUUUUAGUUAAUUUAAGCCCCGUUAUUUCUUACUUACAAACGUUAGUUAAAUCACAGCCCGGAAAGGUUCUUGUGGAUGUCCGUGUGAUGGUCCGAGAUGAGCGUCACUCUGGAUAUAAGACUGAAAAGAGCGAACAAAGUUUACCAUGAAGGGGAAUCGGUGGCCGGCGUCGUCCUGCUGGUGUGUAAGGAGGCCGUGCAGCACCACGGCAUCACCCUCAACAUGGAGGGGCUGGUCAACCUGCAGCUGAGCUCCAAGAGCGUCGGCGUCUUCGAGGCCUUCUACAACUCUGUCAAGCCCAUCCAGCUGAUCAGCAGUAACGUCGAGGUGGCCAAAGCAGGAAAGAUCCCAGCAGGGAAGACGGAGAUCCCCUUCGAGUUCCCUCUGAGCACCAAAGGAAACAAAGUUCUGUACGAGACCUACCACGGCGUCUUCGUCAACAUCCAGUACACCCUCCGCUGUGACAUGAAGCGCCCCCUGCUGGCCAAAGACCUGAGCAGGAACUGUGAGUUCAUCGUCCACUCUCAGCCUCAGAAAGCUAAAGUUGUCCCGACUCCGGUCAACUUCACCAUCACGCCGGCAACCCUGCAGAACACACGCGAGAGGAGUUUACUGCCAAAGUUUCUGGUCCGAGGCCAUUUGGACGCCACCAGCUGUGUGAUCAGCCGGCCGCUGAGCGGCGAGCUGGUGGUGGAGAACUCGGAGGUCCCCAUCAAGAGCAUCGAGCUGCAGCUCGUGAGGGUGGAGACCUGCGGUUGUGCGGAAGGUUAUGCCAGGGACGCCACAGAGAUCCAGAACAUCCAGAUCGCUGAAGGCGACGUCUGCCACGGCCUCCCGAUUCCCGUCUACAUGGUUUUCCCUCGGCUGUUCACCUGCCCCACGCUGGAGACCACCAACUUCAAAGUGGAGUUCGAAGUCAACGUGGUGAUCGUGCUGCAUGACGAUCACCUGAUCACAGAGAACUUCCCACUGAAGCUCUGCAGAGUCUGAGGUCCUGCAGCUCUGUGACCCAACGGUUCCUCUGAUGAUCAAACGCGACUUCACCGUCUUCAAUGUUUGACUAAGACGUUUUAUGUUUUUCAAGUUGUCUUGUUUUGACUGUAGUAACAAGUUUCAUUAUCCAAAGUCCUUGAUAAUCACAUUGAGGUAGUUUGAUCAAUAUCCUCGUCCACAAUUAACUAACUGGAUUCUGAUUUAGUAUUUAAUAUUAACCAGACAUCUUUGCUAUUUAUCAUGUACAUGAUUCCAUGUUGUCUUUUUAAAUUGUGUUGUUUUGUUGUUCAGACUAAAUGACUUAAUGUUUUGUUCAUGUAAUAUUUUGACAUGUAAACUUACUUUUUUCUUGGUACUUUUCACAUGCACUUGAAACCAUGAGUUCAUAAAUAUCCCUUCAGCACUUGUGACCGAUGAUCAAAGUCAAACUGUAAUCUCCAUUUUCUUACUUGCUUUAUUAAAAUAAAAACAUUUAAACAUAA